UCGCUGCCGGUGGCAGCGAUGCAGCUGCGGCACGUUCGGACCCUGCUCGCCCCGCAGGAUGGAGCUGCCAAGGUCACAUGCAUGGCCUGGGCCCCAAGCAAUGCCAAGUUUGCAGUCUGCACGGUGGAUCGAGUGGUUCUCCUGUAUGAUGAGCACGGUGAGCGCAGGGACAAGUUCUCCACCAAGCCGGCAGAUGCUAAGUAUGGUAGGAAGAGCUAUGUGGUGAAGGGCAUGGCAUUCUCCCCAGAUUCCACAAAGAUUGCAAUCGGGCAAACAGAUAACAUCAUCUUUGUCUACAAGAUUGGGGAAGAAUGGGGUGACAAGAAGGUGAUCUGCAACAAGUUCAUACAGACGAGUGCCGUCACAUGUUUGCUGUGGCUAGAGGAGAGCACCAUCAUUUUUGGUCUGGUUGAAGGCAAGGUUCGUUUGGCAAACACCAAAACGAACAAAUCAUCCACCAUUUAUGGGACGGAUUCCUAUGUGGUGUCUUUGGCUUCCAACAUCUCAGGGAAGGGGAUCCUGUCUGGGCAUGCAGAUGGAACGAUUGUACGCUACUUCUUUGAUGAUGAAGGCUCCGGGGAGUCACAGGGCAAGCUGGUCAUGCACCCCUGCCCCCCUUAUGCCCUGGCAUGGGCCUCCAGCAGCAUCGUGGCCGCCGGCUGUGACAAGAAGAUUGUGGCCUAUGGGAAAGAGGGCCAUGUGAUCCAGACCUUUGACUACAGCCGAGAUGCUUUGGAGAAGGAGUUCGCAGUGGCAGCUGCCAGCCCAGGCGGCCAGUCCGUGGUCAUUGGCAGCUUUGACAGGCUGAGGGUGCUGAAUUGGAGCCCCCGCCGGAGCGCCUGGGAGGAAGCCAAGCCCAAGGAGAUCCCACAUCUGUACACGAUCACUGCUUUGGCCUGGAAACGAGAUGGCUCCCGGCUCUGUGUGGGCACCCUCUGUGGUGGAGUGGAGCAGUUUGACUGCUGCCUUCGCCGGAGCAUUUACAGGAAUAAGUUUGAGAUGACCUACGUGGGUCCCAGCCAGGUCAUUGUGAAGAAUCUUUCCACUGGCAUGCGUGUCGUCCUGAAAUCACACUAUGGCUAUGAAAUCGACGAAGUGAAAAUCCUGGGGAGGGAGCGCUACCUGGUGGCCCACACCUCAGACACACUCCUCCUGGGAGACCUCAGCUCCACCAAGCUCAGUGAGGUGGCCUGGCAAGGUUCUGGCGGGAACGAGAAAUUUUCCUUCGACAACGAGAACGUCUGCGCGAUCUUCAACGCGGGGGAGCUGACUCUGGUGGAAUAUGGGUGCAAUGAGAUCCUGGGCUCCGUGCGCACCGAGUUUAUGACCCCCCAUCUCAUCAGUGUCCGCAUCAAUGAAAGGAAGCAGCGGGGUGCAGAGGAGAGCAAGCGGCUGGCCUACCUGGUGGACAUCAAGACAAUAGCCACAGUGGACCUGGUGGGAGGCUGCAAUAUCGGCACCAUCAGCCACGACAGCAAGAUUGACUGGCUGGAGCUAAAUGAGACGGGCCACAAGUUGCUCUUCCGGGACAAGAAAAUGAAACUGCAUCUCUAUGACAUCGAGUGUGCAACAAAGACAACCAUCCUGAGCUACUGCUCCUACGUGCAGUGGGUCCCCGGGAGUGACGUGGUUGUGGCUCAGAACCGGAACAGCCUCUGCGUCUGGUACAGCAUCGACAGCCCUGAGCGAGUGACCAUGUUCCCCAUGAAGGGUGACAUCGUGGACCUCGAGCGGAGCGGCGGGAAGACGGAGGUGAUUGUGACCGAGGGCGUGAACACCGUCUCCUACACCCUGGACGAGGGGCUCAUUGAGUUCGGCACCGCCAUCGACGAUGGGGACUACCACAGGGCCGUUGCCUUCCUGGAGACGCUGGAAAUGUCGGCUGAGACGGAGGCCAUGUGGAAGACGCUGAGCCGGCUGGCCCUGGAGGCCAAGCAGCUGCACAUCGCGGAGAGGUGCUCUGCUGCUCUCGGGCACGUGGCCAAGGCUCGGUUCCUCCGUGAGACCAACGAAAUUGCAGAUCAGCUGACCAAGGAGUUUGUGAGUGGAGCUGUGGGCACGUGGCAGUACUUGCCCGUCCUCCCCGCCCCCUUCGGGGUGCCCUCCGCAAUCCUUGUCCUGCAGAAUGCUGUGGAGGAAGCCAUGGAGAUGUACCAGGAACUGCACCUGUGGGAUGAGUGCAUCUCGGUGGCAGAGGCCAAGGGCCACCCCGCGCUGGAGAUGCUGCGCCAGGGCUACUACGAGUGGCUGCUGCAGACCCAGCAGGAGGAGCGGGCCGCCGAGGUGCAGGAGAGCCACGGGGACCUGCAGGCAGCCAUCGGCCUCUACCUGAAGGCAGGGCUGCCAGCCAAAGCUGCACAGCUGGUCAUGAGCCGGGAGGAACUGCUGGGCAACGUCGACCUCGUCAACCGUGUGGCCACGGCCCUCGUCCGCGGGGAGCUCUUUGAGCAGGCUGGGGAGCUUUUUGAGAAGAUCCGGAACCCGCAGAGGGCCCUGGAGUGCUACCGCAAGGGCAACUCCUUUCUGAAAGCUGUGGAGCUGGCCCGUUCGGUCUUUCCGGCAGAGGUGGUGAGGCUGGAGGAGAGCUGGGGGGACCACCUGGUGCAGCAGAAGCAGUUGGACGCUGCCAUCAACCACUACAUUGAGGCAAGGUGUGCCCUCAAGGCCACCGAAGCGGCCUUGGGCGCACGGCAGUGGAAGAAGGCCGCGUACAUCCUGGACAUGCAGGACAGGAGCACGGCGGCCAAGUACUACCCCAGGAUCGCCCAGCACUACGCGGCCCUGCAGGAGUAUGAGAUUGCGGAGGAGCUGUACAUCAAGGGAGACCACACCAAGGAGGCCAUUGACAUGUACACGCAGGCUGGGCGCUGGGAGCAGGCGCACAAACUGGCCUUGAAGUGCAUGCGGCCUGAGGACGUGUCCGUGCUGUACCUCACUCAUGCCCAGGAGAUGGAGCGCCAGGGCAAGUACAAGGAGGCUGAGAGGCUCUACAUCACGGUGGAAGAGCCAGACUUGGCCAUUACCAUGUACAAGAAGGGCAAGAUGUAUGACGAGAUGCUGCGGCUGCUGGCCAAGUACCACCCGGACCUGCUGAGCGAUACGCACCUGCACCUGGGCAAGGAGCUGGAAGCUGACGGGCACCUUCAGGAGGCCGAGUAUCACUACCUAGAAGCCAAGGACUGGAAGGCGGCAGUUAACAUGUUUCGGGUGAACAACAUGUGGGACGAGGCCUACCGGGUGGCCAAGGCGCAUGGCGGGGCAAACUCCCACAGGCACGUGGCCUUUUUGUGGGCAAAGAGCCUCGGUGGAGAAGCUGCUGUGAAGCUGCUCAACAAGUUCGGGCUCCUGGAGACGGCCAUGGACCACGCAGCAGAUAACAACAUGUUUGACUUUGCUUUUGAGCUGGCUAGGCUCUCCCUGAAGCAGAAGCUGCCCGCGAUCCACUUCAAGUACGGCUCCUUCCUGGAAGACGAGGGCAAGUUUGAGGAAGCGGAGGUGGAGUUUGUGAAGGCCGGGAAACCAAAGGAAGCGGUGCUGAUGUAUGCCCACGCCCAGAACUGGGCUGCAGCUCAGCGAGUGGCGGAGGCCCACGACCCCGACAGCGUGGUCAUUGUGCUGGUGGGCCAGGCCGAUGCUGCCUUCAAGCAGAAGGAGUUCCCGAAGGCGGAGGCCCUGCUGCUGCGGGCCCAGCGCCUGGACCUGGCCGUGAAGCGCUACAAGGAGGCAGGCAUGUGGACCGACGCCCUCCGGGUCUGCAGAGAGUACCUGCCAGGAGAGCUGGAGGCCUUGCAGCAGGAGUAUGAACGGGAGGUGGCCAAGAAGGGGCCCAGGGGAGUGGAGGGCCUCCUGGAGCAGGCCCAGGAGUGGGAGCAGGCCGGCGAGUACGCCAGGGCUGUGGGCUGCUACCUGAAGGUGCGGGACCUCAGCGACACGGCCCUCUCGGAGAAGUGCUGGACGAAGGCCGCUGAGCUCGCCAUCAAGUUCCUCGGCCAGCCCCGGAGCAUCGAGGUCAUGCGGACCGUCGGCCCCCAGCUGGUCAGCAUCGGCAAAUUUAAUGCGGCCGCAGAGCUCUACCUCAACCUGGACCUGAUCAAGGAGGCGAUCGACGCGUUCAUGGAGGGGGAGGAGUGGAACAAAGCCAAGCGGGUGGCGAAGGAGCUGGAUCCCAGGUAUGAGGAGUAUGUGGAUCAGCACUACAAGGAGUACCUGAAGAACCAAGGCAAAGUGGACUCGCUGGUGGGUGUGGAUGUCAUGGCUGCCCUCGACAUGUACGUAGAGAGGGGGCAGUGGGAGAAGUGCCUCGAGACAGCAGCCAAACAGAACUACAAGGUGCUGCAGAAGUACGUGGCUCUUUAUGCCACCCACCUGAUCCGAGCGGGCAACUGGGACCGGGCCCUGGGCCUCUAUGUGCAGCACGGUGCCCCUGCCAACGCCCAGAACUUCAAUAUCUACAAGCGGCUCUUUGUGGAGGUGGUGAACGUGGCCGACCUGGACCACGCAGGGGCCUACCGCAGCUGGGCAGACUUGCGGGACGUGUUCUUCGGUCUGUGCGAAAACCUUGCGAAGUCCAGCGAAGCCAACACGCCCGCUCAUGAGGAGUUCGAAACGAUGUUGCUCGUGUCUCACUACUAUGCCACACGGGCCGCAGCCCAGAGUGUCAAGCAGCUGGACACCGUGGCGGCCAAACUGUCCAUCUCCUUGCUGCGCCACACCGAGAUCAUCCCCGCAGACAAAGCCUUCUACGAAGCUGGCAUGGCAGCCAAGGGAGUCGGCUGGGAAAACAUGGCCUUCAUCUUCCUGAACCACUUCCUCGACCUGACCGAUGCCAUCGAGGAGGGCUCACUGGACGCCCUGGACCACUCGGACUUCCAGGACACAGACAUCCCCUUCGAAGUGCCGCUGCCCGCCAAGCCCCACGUCUCGGAGGAGCAGCGUGAGGAGAUCCGCGACUGGCUCCUCGCCGUCUCCAUGGAUCAGCGGCUGGAGCAAGUGCUGCCCCGGGACGAGCGGGACACCUACGAGGCCUCCCUGGUGGCCGCGAACACAGGAGUGCGUGCCCUGCCCUGCCUCAUCACAGGCUACCCUGUGCUGAGGAACAAGGUGGAGUUCAAGCGGCCCGGCAAAGAGGCCAACAAGGACAGCUGGAACAAGUUUCUGAUGGCUGCCAAGAUGUCGCACAGCCCACCCUGCCAGGAAGUCCUCAAAUUCAUCAGCCAGUGGUGUGGGGGCCUGCCCAGCACCAGCUUCUCCUUCCAGUGACGAGCUCCUGGGCCGUUAUUUGGGCCAUUAUUUAUUCUCCCCUAUUAAAAUUAUGGUUUGUAGUA